UCUUUUUAUAAACCCUUUCUUAAAACCCCGCCAGGCACAAGUUUCCCACGACUUCAACGAGAAGAGCCCUCCAAAUCAAAAACCCAGUAAUCAUAACAGACUUGCGUGCCUUCGUUUUUUUCUUUUUCUUGGUUGGAUUUUCAGAUAAAGGCUUUUCUGGUUGUGGGAAAGUGAAAAAUGUCAAAGUCUUGCAAGGGUUUGGCCAUGGAACUGGUAAAGUGUUUAAGUGAAUCAGAUUGUGUCAAGGUUGAGAAGCGUUCUUUCCGGGAAUGUGCUGGAGAAAAAAGCCCUUCUAUAUCAAGCGAGUGUGUAGGACUCAGAGAAACUUAUUUCAAUUGCAAAAGAGGACAGGUUGACAUGAGAGCUAGGAUUCGUGGAAACAAAGGCUACUGAAUGGGGGAUGAUCUGUUCUCUACUUGUACAUGGUUUACUGCAUGGCACCUUUGAAAUUUUCGUUUUUGUCUCCCUUCCCAAGUUGCCUCCUGAGUAACAGUUUUUGGGUUAGCUUCAACCUUGGACCUUGUCUACACAUUUUAAAUGAGGAUACACGAAUCUCCACAAGAUGUUGAGCAUUUAAGAUAUGGAUGUUAUUAUUCUGUAAAAUUCUUGGUGUCACGAGUCAUUGUUAGAGUCAGAUAUAACUAUGAAAAAUAAUGAGCUUAUAACUGGAGUAUUUUGGAUUUUUCGAAAGUGGAUUUAGGGAUCUGAAUUUUGGACUCUUAUUGCUAAGAUUGGUAUUCUUUCGUUUUUUGCAAAAUGACUGUCGAUAAGUCACGUUCUGUGUUGCUUGAAGCAAUUAAAGAUCAUCUUUUCAAAGAAUGGGGACUGGACAGUUACGUUUA